AUGCAGGCAAUACCAGAGGUUGCUAGGGCCGACGAGUCUUCAUCAGGUGGCCUUAGUGGCAACACAGUCGACGGCGACUCUAUCAAGGCCAGCGAUUUGGACUCUAUAUCUCAACGACGGCCGGUAUGGAACCCUGCAUUCAACUUUCCUUCACCCUUAGUAAUCAUUCUCUCUAGGAAUCAUCUGCCUACUUUGACGAUCCCAACUGGGACAGCGACGAGUUCGACCUCGAAGACGACAGUCCUUAUCCAGAGGUCCGUUCAGCAGUAG